AUGUAUAAACCAUUUGUGACAUGUGAUGAUCCAAAAGGAGUUGUUGAGUGUGGAACUAUAAGAAGAUAUAGGUCAAGUUCUCACAAAAUGAAGGACAAGACAAAGGGCCGAAAGACGGCCGAAAAUUUAGAGACAAACAAAGAAGUUAAAGAAGAGAAGGUAUCGUCAAAAGGCUCGAGCGGAAGAGAUUUUGAUCCAUCUUCUAUGCAGCUUGUGGAGGUGUCUAGAGGUGCCGAGAAAUUGAACAAGAUGAUUAAGUCAUGGUCUAGUGGUCUAAGGUAUGAUGGAAAAUCCGAAGAUAUCGCGAAGGAUUUGUUAAAAGGAGCUCUUGAUUUGCAAGAAUCUCUAGAGAUGCUUCGAAAGGUUCAAGAUGCGUCGAGUAGUAUUGCUCGUUCGAAGAAAAAACAAGACGAGGAACGUGAAAGGAGUAGAAUUGAUGCAAAGGUGAAUGAUAGAAUUGGGACAAUGCAUUCUAGUCAAUUUGUUGAACAUAAUUCGGCUUAUGGUUCUUCGAGUAGUUGUAGAGAGGAACUUAAGAAAGUUAUUAAGGAGAGUUUGGUCAGACAAAAUCUAUUCCAAAGUACAAGCACUUCUGAAGGAUUGGAUUCAGUUUCCGCAGCGUUCCCUUCUACAAGCUCAAGUCAAUCUUCUGUUGUUUGGUAUGACAAACUUUCUGAUUCUUCGUCGUCACCAAAUUUUCCGAAGAAGGAGAAAAGUACCAAUCUUGUUGCAAGGUUGAUGGGAUUAGAACAAGUCCCUUCAAGAACAUUUCCAUCUGUUAUGCAAAAACAGAUGGAGAAUCAAAAGAUUGUGAAUCAAAAGAGACCGGUAUUCGAGAUUGACACACCGAAGGUAAGAAAGCAUAGUUUGGUAGUCGAGAAGGUUAAUCCGGAAAGACAAAAGACGCUGAGGGAAAUUCUUGAAACCACUCAUUUCAAUGGAUUGUUGAAGAAUAGUCCUAUCAGAGAGCACAAGCUUCACAAUCAUGUCGAUCAUUCCAAUGAUCUUCAAUACAAUGAGUUUGGUGAUUUACCACCGAUUGUACUCAUGAAACCCCGGCGUGCUUCGUAUGAAGAAUUCGUAGAAACUUAUGAGCCAGUUCCUCAAGAAGAGUCGUCUUUUAGAAAUCUAAAAGAAAGAGGAGUUCCUUCAAAAACCUUCAAUCCAAGGGAGGGUUCAACUGCCAACACGAGAAAAGACAUGGAAGAAAAUCUAUCCAAAAGGGUUAGCAGAGAGGAAAGACCGAAGCGCGUCAAAGAGGUUUUUGAAAUUGAUGUGAAAGAAAUCAAACCGGUCGAAAACAAGAAGGUUCAAAAAGCUAGUCUAAGAUUACAGGCAAGUGAAACAGUCGACGAAAAAGCUAAGGUAAAGAACAUUACAAGUAGCAGAAAACCACUAGAGAAGGAGGUUUCAAAAGCUAAAGUUGUAACAAAAGCUCAAGAUCAAGGAGAAAUCAGGUCUAGUAGCGAAAAGUUGAAGAAGCCGCGAAGUGUGUCAAGAAUUGACAAGAACGAGACUCCAUCUAGAAAGAGCACUUCUUCCAAUUUAAAUACCACAAUCACAAAACCGAAGACACAAAAGGUUAAUAGUUCGAAGGAUUUGAAAAAGAGUCCGAUGAAGAAGCAAAGAUCUAUCGGCUUGCCUGAAGCAGCUAAACCACUCGAUGAACACUUAACACAAGAAGACGGAAUGAAUAUCAAUGUUUCUUGUAAAGAUGAUUGUGCUGAGAUUAAAAUAAUCACUACAAUAACCGAAGAUCCCAUCAUGGAGCAUGAAGUAGACACCUUUUCGAAUAAGACUAGAGAUAUUUCCGAGGAGGGCCAGAAUUCUUUAGAUGAUGAUGUUUUGAUGCUAAGUUGUGAACAUGAAAUCGAUGCCAUCCAUGCCGAGGAACCUCAUGACACCACUGGUAUCAGUGAAACUGAUUUUGAGCCAGACAAAUACACUCCUGAGCUGAAAUAUUUUCUUCUCACAAGUAAAUCAUUCAUUGACCAUGCAGUGGAGCUUCUCAAUCUUGAUGUUGGUUAUCCUAAGAUCCUACCGAUGACUGAAACUAAAGGAAUAACCAAUAGCAGACUCUACUUAGACUGCGCGAACGAACUCGCUGAGAGAAAAAGCCUUCAAGAGUCAUCAUCACAACUAGUUCACCCCUUAUCACUAACAUGCAUAGGGAAUUCAAAAUUGCGAAUCUCUUUGGGAAGCUUGGUUGAAGAAGUUUACAAUGCAAUUGAGAAUCUGACAUCUUAUAGUGAAAAUUCUGAGACUAAACUUCUUUUGGAUAAUAUCUGUGCAAUGUUGGAGAGAGAUAUGAAGUGCAACAAUAGAAUGAUAAAUGGAAUAUGGAACUGUGGUUGGAAGCAUGGAUUUUCUUGUGAUGAAGUUGAACAAGUUGUUAAUGAAGUAGAAAACAUGGUUUUAGAUGGAUUAAUUGAGGAGAUUAUUGUAAAUUUAUGA